AUGUGGGUGGAGGGAUUGGUGGCGUGCGUAGACGAGCGAGGGUUUAGGCCCACGCCGAAGGCCGCUGCCCCAUUCCAGAAGGAGACUCGACAUUGUGGCCCUCGCGGAGGUGAGGGCUUCAAGGUCGAUGAUGAGCGUCGCACCGCCUCAGGCUGGUUGACAGAGCAGGGAAAAGACGCCGGUCCCCUUGGUGGAGGGAUCACAGCCCUGAGUGGGUCCUCUCGGGAAGCUGCGUAUCGACUCCAACACCUCCACUUUUUACUUUCUUUGCUUUUCGAAUCUUCAUUCAUCUCAACCGCAGAUUAA